AAUGUUUGGAACGUUGUAAUCGAUAUACUUAAAUUUUAUUUUUCUCUUCUACAGUUUUCCUGAAACGUUUUGUUGGGGAUUAUAGGGAUUGGAAAACGACUGUUUCAGAUACAUUUUCAACAAUAGGAUGCGACCGGCUAUAUAUUCUAUUUUGCUUCUUAUGUUCCGAGUCUGAUUCCCCCGACUUCUCUAAGUCUGAAUGGCUGGAAAUUCUUAAUGAAGUACGACGUAUGGCAUUUGCUGAUUUGGAUCCCAUCAGUAGUGAAAAUGCACAGGAAAACCUUAAAUAUUUGAAAAGAACAGAGUCUCGUUUGUUUGAAAAAGACUUUCAAACCAUAACAAAGAAUGCUGCAGACGAAACAAUAUUUCAGUUAUCCAAAUACAGCAGAUUUUUGACAUUUUACAUGAGCAAUUGUGUUACAAGCCGCCAGUACCUAAGGUUAAGCAACUACGUGAGUGAACCUGGAGAGAAGUGCAUAAUUAACAAGAGCACACACUUUGAUUCCCUACUUAUACAUCGCCUAAUGAUGGACAUACUGGUUCAUAAGAGUAUUGAGGGCACCUCAAUGAGCAAGCAGAUAUCUCAGAUUUUACACAUCCCAGAAAAUAUCAUCACAGAAAGUAUUGACAAGCGGGAGGAAUUUUUAAGGAAUCUGCAGCAAAAUGGAGAAGAAAUACCUAACAAAGUUAAAACAAAUGGCGAAUCUCAACAUGUCAAAUGGCUUUGGAAAUUCCAAAGACACGAGGUUGUUAGAUCAUGCAUAGGACUUUAUCCUCAUUCGGAUAUAUAUAUUAUCAACCAUAAAGCGUAUAGAAAGCAUAGUGAAUAUCAUGAAUUCCCUCCGAAUGUCAGAUGCUUGUUAUACAGCUUACUGUUUGCCGAAAAAAGCAAACUCAGUCUUAAUGAUGGCGCAUACAAAAAGAUUAUGCUGAAAAUAAGAGACAAUUUCUUGCCUACACUUCCAAUUUCUGAUGAAGAAUUAAAUUUACCAGAAGGAAUCGCUAAAAGCCAGAGCGGUGAAAUAACUUUUGCCUCGGCCGACAUCCGUCAUAAGGUCAUGUACGCGUUUGUAACAGAGUGUUUAAUGGACGACGUUAAUUUGGAGUUUUUCCUGAAAGAAGCAUCAAAGCAAGUACUAUUUGAAUACUGCAGGUCUUGGAAUUAUGAAAGAAAGGACGGAGAGAGAUGUUUGUAUGUGCCAAACAAACCAGUGGAAAUGUAUGAUCUCUUCAUAGAAAGACUUGAUCUGGAUAUCAUCAAGCAUUGUACAUUAUCCGAUUGGACUAUUCGAAAUAGUGUCACUGAAAAAUUGAAGGUACCUUUAGAAAUAUUGAAUUGGGAUCAAAGGGCCAGAGAUCGCUACGUUGAAUACGCCAAGAAAGGAACACAAAUUGUACAUCAAUCAAGGGCCAUGCUUGUAGGAUGUGCAGGAGCCGGAAAGACUACACUACUGAAAAGACUUCUCAAAUGUAGUGCAGAGGACAUUUAUAAUGUUGAAACAACACUAGGUCUUGAAGUUCAUGAAGAAAUAUUUGAGAUUUCGGAUGAAACUUUGAAAGAAACAGAAAUCAAACCAGAUAGGGAAAGCAGGGAUUUCGAAGGGGAGUUAAACGCCGAACGACUGAGUGUUUUUGAUUUUGGAGGACAAAGUGUUUACUACGCGUGUCAUCAGAUUUACUUGACUAGGAGGGCUUUCUACAUCGUGGUAGUUGAUGCUUCUCAAGAGUUACAUCAAAGGGUUAGCGAGACAGUUUGUAAGCAAGAUGAUGGUGUUUUUGGUGGAUGGACAUUUGGAGAUUACUUCGUUUUCUGGAUGAAGUCUAUACACACCUAUUGUGCUACGGAAAACAAAGAAGGGGAGAAACCUAUUGUGCUCAUCGUUGCAACACACUGGGAAGAGGAAAAAAGAAAGUUCAAGACUAAAGAAGAUUUUCUGUGUUGCCUCCAAAAACAGUUACCACAGGGGUCAAGUUUAGCACAAUACAUUGAAAAGAAAAACUGUUAUUGCAUUAAUUUUCCUAUUCAACCAAUUACUGAAUUAGAAAAACGUAUUGCCUCCAUUGCCCGUCAGGAACGAUGGAAAGAAAAUAUUCCAAAAGAAUGGGCCUUUUUCGGACUAGAACUGAAGCAGAAGAAAUAUGCAAAAAGAGUUAUAAAAAUUUCGGAGAUAAAAACAGUCCCUGUUGAUGCCAACGAUGAGGAGAAAGAGAAGAAAACAAGUGGAAUGAAACGAGAUAUGUUACGAUUUUAUCACGACACUGGUAAAAUUUUGUAUUUUAAUGAAAAUCACCUCAAAGACAAUGUUAUCCUGGAUGUCCAGUGGUUUAUUGAUGCGUUCAAGAUAAUAAUCACAGACAAUUUAAAUCUAGAGGGUAUUCCAGCUGAUAAAAAAGACUUGGAUGAAUUCUCCCUUACUGGACGUUUGCACGACAAAUUGCUGUUAGGUAUCUGGGAGCAUAGGGACCAAGAAAUAUGCGAAGAACUAGCAUUAGAUAAAAGCCAAUCAACGUCUAAGGCGGAAGACGCUCGUUUUAUAUCCUUUCAUAAAGAAUUGCUUCUCCUGUACAUGCAGCGACUAGGUCUGGUGGCAGUUGGAGAAGAAUAUCAUUACAUACCUUGCAUGAACCGGAAGGAUGUAGAAAAAGAAAUUUCAGAGCUUAUCCUAGCCUCAAAAAACAGGACAUCUAUUCUUAUCUUUAAAUUCAAAUUCUUGCCAUUCUUCUUCUUCUUUCGUCUUGUUGUUGCAUGUAUGCAGGAAGAAAAUUGGAAAGUUCUCCAAAUUGAAGAAAUACCAUGUUUAUACAAAAACGCAGCUUUGUUCUAUGCAGGAAACUAUAAUAUCGUUAUGUCUGUGACAAUAGACUCUAUUCAACUCCAAGUAUUAUGCGCUGUGCCUGGAAUUUCCUUGGAGAUAGAAAAGACAUAUAAGAUUCUUAACACUGUUGAAGAUAAACUUGCCGCAAUAACACAGACAUUUCACCAACGCGUGCAGUAUGAAAAAGGUAUUAGGUGCAAAGAGGACGAAGAAAAGACUGUUUCAUCAGAGAUCCUUGGCUAUUUCUUAUCUAAAAUUGAUCCAGCAGAUAUGGAAUGUAAAAUUUGUCCUCAUCAUCGACUUAGAGAUGUUCAUGAAAUUGACAUAGAAAAAUUGACAAAGUAUUGGAAAUUGAAUCUUUUUAAAACGUAAAACCAUAGCAAUACAUGUGAUAUGAACGCAGAUUAAAUUUGUGAAGUAUUAAUAAGGCAUAUUGCUUGAAUAUGUAUAAUAUAACUUGAAUAUGUACAAUUUUUUGAAUAGUCAUAUAUAAAAUUUUAUAGACUUCAUCGUCUUUUGCUCAACUAAUUGUAACUAGUUUUUGUAAAGGGUUUUAUAGAAAAAAAGAGGAAAAUAGUUAUUUUUAUGGAAAUGGAACAUCCCAUCCUACCGGUUAACUCCGUCCCAAACCACCCCCAUCUCAAAUCAACAACAGGGCCAAAUGCAGGAAAAGGUAAUUCUUUACUCCCUGACCUAAGGACCUAAGUCGCUUUUUCGUUAAUAUAGUACACAAAGAGUUUUUUUGAAAUUCCUGAGCUGGGGUCAGGGUUUUUAGACUUAUGUUUGGCCCUUUUAAUAAUAAAGUAAAAAAAAGUCCUUAAUUUUUAAAUAAAAUGCUUUUUAUCAUUGGUAUGAAGAAAUCAAAGUUAGUGCAAGACAUUAAUAGUAAAGAUCACUCAUAAAAACUGUGAAAUUCAUAAACAUAUGGAUCUGUAUUUCGUGUUAUACAUGUAUGUCUGGAUGUUGAUGCAUAAUACAGGGGCAUAAAUACUUAAUCUUUUUCUUUCUUAAGGUUUUCUCGUGUAAUAUUUAUUAGGUUUGACAAGCAUCCAUAUAUUAUUAAAAAAUAAGUUAGAAGUUUUAGAAAGGGUGUAUAGAAUACAAUAUACAUGUACUUUAUUAAGUUGUUAACUGUAUACACGGAAAUUUUUGCCUCCGUGUCUGAUGAUUAAAACUAAAGGAUAAUUCUUUUCUUGAUUGACCAUGCCCAGCAGUGGAAAUAUUUACUUUAUUAAGCAUGUUAGUAAUGCUGAAUGCACAAUCAGGUCGAGAAGAGUAACAUGAAUAAUAUUAGUGUUCUUGACAUGCUCCAUUUGUGUCUAUUUCCAAUAAACAUUUUUUAAACGAACCCAUUACAUUUUUUACGUCUCUGCAAAUAAUUUUGCAUAUUCCAAAAAAAGCCCCCAUGCAAUAUCUUAAAGAU